AGUUUUUGGGAUGAAGAAUAAUUGCCUUUUAUAUUUUUAUUAUUGCUAUUUUUAGAUUAUAAAAUUUAUAAUAUGGCUUGCCUUGAUUAUAUUUUUAUGGCUGUUGUCCUUGUCUUGUGAUUAGUUUGAGUAAUCACUGUCAUUGCAAAUGCUGCUGUUUGGCAAGCAAAUAUGUGAAAGAAAAAUUCAAAAGAAAGAGAUCAAUCCUUUUUUUGCUUUCAGCAUCUAGUGUUUGAUCAAUCUGAAGCUCUAGAUUAAUUAAUCAUCUUGGUAUCUUUAUGGAAUUGUUUAUGGGAUUUUGGUGUUAAUGGAGUAUUAGUCAAGGGAAUUUCACUGUCAUAUAAUUUUUGUUUUACCUUUUCCUAUUAGGACAAAUCUAUUGAUUUUUUUUUUUUUUUUAAUUUUUGGUUCUACAUCUUUAUGGUUCAUUCUUGUGCCAGUUAAAAAUGGCUGUCUGCUUCAUUCUUGAAAAAAAGAAAAGCUUUUAAAUUUUUUGGUUUGAUAUAUAUUUUAUUCUUUAUGUUUUUGAAUACAUAAUUGAUGACUCUGUUUCUGAAUGUUUCCCUGCAGAUUGUUCUUGAAUUCACCAGGAGUUCCUCUGCUCAAUUUUAUUUUCUGCAAUUAGCAUCUCUGACAGCCGGAAAAAAUGGUGGAAGGGGGUAUUGCAAAAGCAGACAAGACGGAGUUUACAGAGUGCUGGCGGAUGGCCUGGAAAACUCCAUAUAUUAUGAGGCUUGCACUAUCAGCUGGUAUUGGAGGGUUUCUGUUCGGUUAUGAUACAGGAGUUAUUUCCGGUGCUUUGCUAUACAUCCGUGAGGAUUUCGAAUCUGUAAACCAGAAAACAUGGCUACAGGAGACCAUUGUGAGUAUGGCUGUUGCCGGAGCUAUUGUUGGAGCUGCUUGUGGUGGAUUUAUUAAUGAUAAGUUUGGAAGAAAGUUAUCUAUUUUAUGUGCAGAUGUUGUAUUUUUUGUUGGUGCUAUAAUCAUGGCUAUCGCUCCUGCUCCCUGGGUUAUAAUUGUGGGAAGACUUCUUGUUGGCUUGGGAGUUGGAAUGGCAUCAAUGACAUCUCCUCUUUACAUUUCAGAGGCCUCACCAGCAAGAAUUCGAGGGGCUCUUGUUAGCACAAAUGGUUUGCUAAUUACUUCGGGCCAAUUUUUAUCUUACCUGAUCAAUCUUGCCUUCACCAGGGCUAAUGGCACUUGGCGCUGGAUGCUUGGGGUAGCUAGCGUGCCGGCACUUAUUCAGUUCGUGCUGAUGCUAUCACUUCCUGAGUCCCCUAGAUGGCUCUAUAGACAGAACAAGGAGAAGGAAGCGAGGGCAAUCUUGGAGAGAACAUAUUCUGCUGAUGAAGUUGAAAUUGAGAUGAAGGCCUUGGCUGCAUCUGUUCAAGCAGAAAAGGCAGAUGAAGCAGCUAUAGGGGAUAGCCUAAUGGCUAAACUAAAAAGUGCAUUUUCAAACACCGUAGUCCGCAGGGGACUCUAUGCAGGCAUUACAGUUCAAGUUGCUCAGCAGUUUGUGGGUAUAAACACAGUCAUGUACUAUUCCCCAACAAUAGUCCAGUUUGCCGGAUUUGCUUCAAACUCAGUGGCAUUGGCACUCUCUCUGAUUACUUCUGGCCUCAAUGCUUUGGGCACUGUUAUCAGUAUGGCUUUUAUUGACAGAUACGGAAGGAGAAGGCUAAUGCUCGUUUCUAUGGUUGGGGUCAUAACUUUCCUUGUGGCCUUGUCUAUUGUGUUUAUGGAAGCUUCUGCGCAUGCUCCUAAGAUCAGUUCAAUUGACACUGCACAUUUUGGUGCAAACUCUACUUGUCCAACAUAUUUGAAAGCAACUGAUGCAUCAAAAUGGAACUGCAUGUCUUGUUUGAAAGUAGAUUGUGCUUUCUGUUCAAAUAAAGCCAGUGAAUACCAUCCUGGAGCCUGCGUGGAUUCAACCAAGGCCAUGAAAAGUGCAUGUGGAGCAGAACAUCGUGUGUUUUUCGAGAAAGGUUGCCCCAGUAAGUUUGGAUUUCUUGCUAUUGUACUUCUUGCACUCUAUAUAAUUUCGUAUGCACCUGGAAUGGGUACUGUACCAUGGAUAGUCAACUCCGAAAUAUACCCAUUACGGUAUAGAGGCAUUUGUGGAGGGAUAGCUGCAGUGACAAACUGGAGUUCAAAUCUUUUAGUGAGCGAAACUUAUUUAACUCUAACCGAGCAUCUUGGCGCUGGGGGCACAUUUUUGCUAUUUGCUGGGAUUUCUUGCAUUGGACUUGCAUGCAUUUUCUGGUUUGUACCCGAAACAAAAGGCCUACAAUUUGAGGAGGUAGAGAAGAUCCUAGAGGCUGGCUACAGACCAGAUUUAUGCGGAGGAAGUGGAACAAGGAGGAAGAACGAAGAUUCUGCUUAAAGCUCAAGAAACUUGAAGGAUUUCCUAUGUAGUAUACAAAUAUAACCUUUUGCUAAUAAAGGUAGGACAUUUGAAUCCUAUUGCUCCCAGCAAGUCAAUAUUGCUUUGGUGUAACUAGAGUCACAUUUUAUGAGCAAUGAGUGAAAGAUUCAUGAAAGUUCUGGUUGUGUUUUAAGUUCAUACCUUGUAAGUUUCUUGAUGGCAUUUAAUAGAAAAGAACUUUCUCUACC